GCUGCCGACAUCCCUCCUCCCGCCCGCGCUCCCUCCCUUCGGCUCCCGCUCCCCCGGGAGCGGCGGCGGCGGCGGGAUGGCCCGGGCCCGCGGCCAGGCCCCGGGGAGCGGUGCGCGGCGGCGGCGGCCGCGGCGGGGCUGCGCGGGUGCCGGGCCCCGGGGGGAGUCGGCCGGGCUACUGCUGCUGUUGCUCCAGGUGUUGCCGCCCGGGGCUGCGGCAGGGCCGGGGCGCCGGGGCACGCGGGGCGCCGGCGGCGGCGGCGCCUGCUGGCCCGCCGCUGCCCCUGUCUUUCCCCGGGACGCGCGGCUGCUGCUGCUCCUGCCGCCGCUGCCGCCACUGUCGCCGCCGCCGCGCUCAGCGCCCGCAGCCUCCGCCUCCCGGAUGGAUGCUCUGGCCCGCGGCGGGCUGAGCCUGAAGGAGGAGCCGCUGCUGCCCGCCAGCCUGGGCUCGGUGCGCUCCUGGAUGCAGGGAGCGGGCAUCUUGGACGCCAGCACCGCGGCGCAGAGUGGCGUGGGCCUGGCGCGAGCACAUUUUGAGAAGCAGCCUCCCUCCAACCUCAGGAAAUCCAACUUCUUCCACUUCGUGCUGGCCAUGUAUGACCGGCAGGGGCAGCCCGUGGAGGUGGAGCGCACGGCCUUCAUCGACUUUGUGGAGAAGGAGCGAGAGCCUGGGGCUGAAAAGACCAACAACGGGAUCCACUACCGCCUGCGUCUGGUGUACAACAACGGACUGCGAACAGAGCAAGACCUCUACGUGCGGCUCAUUGACUCCAUGUCCAAGCAGGCCAUCAUCUAUGAGGGACAAGACAAGAACCCCGAAAUGUGCCGUGUGCUGCUCACCCACGAGAUCAUGUGCAGCCGGUGCUGUGACCGGAAGAGCUGUGGUAACCGGAAUGAGACACCCUCAGACCCAGUCAUUAUUGACAGGUUCUUCCUCAAGUUCUUCCUCAAGUGCAACCAGAACUGUCUGAAGAAUGCAGGGAACCCCCGAGACAUGCGCCGCUUCCAGGUGGUGGUGUCCACAACGGUGAGUGUGGAUGGCCACGUCCUGGCUGUGUCAGACAACAUGUUUGUGCACAACAACUCCAAGCACGGCCGCAGGGCCCGCCGCCUGGACCCUUCUGAAGCUGCCACCCCUUGCAUCAAGGCCAUCAGCCCUGGGGAAGGCUGGACCACGGGCGGCGCCACGGUCAUUGUCAUAGGCGACAACUUCUUUGACGGGUUGCAGGUCGUAUUCGGAAAUGUGCUUGUUUGGAGUGAGCUUAUCACGCCCCAUGCCAUCCGGGUACAGACGCCCCCGCGGCACAUCCCCGGGGUGGUGGAGGUGACCCUCUCCUACAAAUCCAAGCAGUUUUGCAAGGGAGCCCCGGGCCGCUUCGUCUACACAGCCCUAAACGAGCCCACCAUCGACUACGGCUUCCAGAGGUUGCAGAAGGUCAUCCCCAGACACCCCGGGGACCCCGAGAGGUUGCCCAAGGUACUUGGAGGGGUGGGAUGCGGGUGGAGUAAGGAAGGGCCCACCGCCCCCAGGGGCUGCUCCUUGGUCCCGCCGUCUGCUCUCCUCCCCUCCCCACCUCCCCAGGAAGUGCUUCUGAAGCGGGCGGCAGACUUGGCAGAGGCGCUGUACGGAGUGCCGGGCAGUAACCAGGAGCUCCUGCUGAAGCGCGCGGCCGACGUGGCCGAAGCCCUGUACAGCACGCCACGCGCGCCCGCGCCGCUCGGUUCCCUAGCCCCGAGCCACCCACACCCCGCCGUGGUGGGCAUCAACGCCUUCAGCAGCCCGCUGGCCAUCGCCGUGGGCGACGCCACACCGGGAGCCGAGCCUGGGUACGCGCGCAGCUGCGGCAGUGCGUCUCCGCGCGGCUUUGCGCCCAGCCCCGGCUCGCAGCAGGGUGGCUACGGCGGCGCCCUCGGGGCUGGCCUGGGUUACGGCGCGCCGGGCGUGGCCGGCCUUGGCGUGCCCGGGUCCCCCAGCUUCCUCAACGGCUCCACGGCCACGUCACCCUUCGCCAUCAUGCCCUCUAGCCCCCCGCUGGCGGCUGCCUCCUCCAUGUCCCUCCCGGCCACCGCCCCCACCACCAGCGUCUUCUCCUUCUCGCCUGUCAACAUGAUCUCCGCUGUCAAACAGAGGAGCGCCUUCGCCCCCGUGCUGCGCCCACCCAGUUCCCCAGCCCAGGCCUGCCCCAGAGCCCACGCAGAGGUGCUUCCAGACCAGCCUUUUGAAGAUUCUGACAAGUUCCACUCUCCAGCCCGGGGGCUGCAGGGUCUGGCGUACUCCUAACCACGGACUGCAGGUGUUGACCACACUGAGCCUAGACCUCUGAGAUUUGCAUUGCCGUGGAUGGCAUCAUGGACAAAUCCAGGGUGGUGGCUGCAGACAGACCUCGAUCCCUGGAGCGCCAGGGCAGGGGAGAGCCCCUGCUGCCCGAGCUCCAGGUCCCUGUGAUACCCCCAGGCUUCUGUCACCUCCCUGUCUUGGGGCAGGUCCAGAGCGAGCACUGUGCUGAUAAUGCUCUCAGCCGGAGAGCACUGGGGAGGCGGGUCGGAAGUGUGCAAGCCAGGGGUGGUGGCGGCUACGAGAUGUGGGGAAGAGGACAGCUCAGGGAGAGGCGACUGCGAAAGGUCCUGCUUGCAUCUGACCCAUCUCCCCUGGCCGAGCCUCCCAGCUUCCCUCGGGGCCCAAGCUCCCAUGGAGCAGGUGACAGCUGCUCAGCCCUGUGGCUGUCCCUGCCACCCCUCAGGCCCUGUGCACCUCUGCUCACCACCUCACACCUCCUGAGGGCCCAGGGGGCAUGGAGGAUACGGAAGAGCAGGUGUCAGCCCUCCUGCAUUUGGGGUUUCCCACUCCCCAGGGAGUGGGGGUGUCCCACGGAUUCUGGUGCCCGUGGCCCCACUGCCCCCUGCCUAGGGAGGGGGCUUCACAUUCUGCUAAUUUUGGAGCAAGUAACAAUAAAG